UUUUGGUUGAACUAUUCUUUUAAAUCAAAUUUGUACACUGUUGCACAAAAAUGUCUAUUUUCUAACAUAUAGUGUAGUUUUGAAUCUUAUGGUCUUGUUUGAUUUGAUCAAGUAACCAAAUAUAUAUGUGAUGAUGCUGUAUGUGUUUAGCCUUUGUUUUCACAGCACCCAUUUAAGGAAAUAAUACAAGUUAAUUGCAUUCAGGGUACUAAUUUAUUCAACCUUUAGUGAUUACAAAACAUAAGUUUUUAUCUGGUACAUAGAUUUACACAUCCACACCCAUGUGUAUUUUGGCACAAUGUCUGGACUUUUUGGCAUUUUCUUUAAUAACAUUAAUAGAAAAAAAUGUAAUUACACUGCAGGAUUUCAUCUAAUUAGUGACAUACCCUCUAUGGAUAAUGGCUGAUAAGUAUUUUUUUUUUUACUGUUAUAGGGCUAUCAGCCAGUUCCAUUUUUUCCUUCUCUCAUUCCGUUUUUCCUCAGGAAAAAAAAAAAAAAAAAAGAGAAAAAAAAUGAUGAACUAUAACCAUAUCACUUUUAAACAGCUAGGGCUUAACUUUUAAAUUCUUACAGCCUGCCCAGUUCUGAGAUAUAAUUGGUUGAGUAGCCAUCUGACAAACAAACAGUUUUCUUUCAAGUGUGCAUGCUUGUGCAAUGUGCAUUCUCUUGGUUUGGACUUGGUUUUAGCUCAAUGUCUCCAGCUGGAAACAGCAAUGCCAACACCCAUAUAUGGCCACAUGGCUUAUAAAGAUGAUGUCAUCACCAUAGUCCUUAGCAGAGAAUCCCCUCUGCCCUUGUACACAAAUGCGAGAGAAUGAAAGUUAAGUGAGGAGGAAAGAGAAAGAAAAAGAUACCCCCUUUUUGAAAUGCUGAAAAAGGAGGCAUUUGAAGUAUAUUUGUAUAAUGUUUAGAAAUAAACAUCAAGUGUAUGCAUUGCAGUGGAUGAAAAAUUAGAUUGCAGACCAAAUAGAAAGAAAGAGAAAGGGGUGGAGAAAGGAGAAGUAUUGUAACAGCUGCCAGGAACUGUGACAGUGCAUACAAGCAAAAACACAACUAAGAGGACUCUUCUUACCAUGGGAAAGUCAGCCUCCAGGCUUUUUUGUGAGGAGGUGCUGAAGACUCAUAAUGAGUACAGGAGAAAGCAUCAAGCCCCAUCUUUAAAACUCAGCAAUAAACUGAGUCGUGAGGCAGCCCGAUAUGCAGAGAGUCUUGCUAGCACACGGAUUCUGAAGCACAGCGCUGAGUCUAGCAGAGGAAAUUGUGGAGAAAAUUUAGCUUGGGCAUCUUAUGAUCAAACAGGUAAAGACGUGUCCGAUCGCUGGUAUAAUGAAGUGAACCAGUACAACUUUAACCAGCCAGGAUUCUCCUCUGUCACGGGUCAUUUCACUGCAAUGGUGUGGAAAAGCUCAAAGAAAAUUGGUGUGGGUAAGGCUGUGGCCUCAGAUGGUUCUACCUUUGUAGUGGCACGUUAUUUCCCUGCUGGCAACAUCACCAAUCAGGGCCACUUCCAGGCCAAUGUCCUUCACCCAAAAAGCUGAUCCAAAUGCACAAGGAGAACAAGGGUAUAGAGGGAAAUAGAAAGCAGUGAGAAGAGCUGAAUUUGGAGAGAGCUUUACCUGGAGGACAAAACACUAUCCAACAUGGUGACUGCACAGUGCAGGCUUUGGUUGGCUUGAAUACACAGGGCUUACUUGAAUAAAGUAACUUAAUAUUAUUCAAGGCAAUUAUUAACUUCAAUUCAAUGGGAGCUAAUGUUAAACCUAAUGCUGCAAGUUAAACGGUUAACUAUUCAAUGAAAGCACAUUUUCUUCUUUUAAGACCCAAGGUGAAACCAGUCCAGGAUUAAAACUAGUAAAAUUGGUUAACUUUAAAUUGGUGCCAGGUUUCAAUGGGGAAAAAAGGGGCAUCACAAUAGAAGUAUUUAAAAUAAUUCUAUGAAUGACAUGGUAACAUGUCAAACUACAUACAGUACCUCUAGCCUACUUAAUCUAUUGUCAGUGUUUCUUUAGGAGCCAUGUUUAAUCAGAUUUGUAAAAGAAUACUGAAUUUUAGUAAUGUUCAUGACUUCAUGCCAUAGCCUGAUAAUUUUUUAAGCGCCAAGUAUGAGUUUUUGAUAAUCAUUGUAUUGAUGUAUUAAUGUUAUGAAUUAAAAUCCCAAGUGUUCAAAUGGUCUAGCACAUGUCAUGUUUUCAUUUAAAGUGGUUAAAAUGUUAGCUUUAAUUUGUACAUGCUGAAUCCACUCACAGUCUAGUUACAACUGAGUGAACCAUAAUUUGUUUGCAUAAAUCUGACACCUACACAAAAGUACAGGCAGGUUCUCUAUGUAAACCCGUUUCUAAAAUCAAUUUCAGUUUAAUUAUAGCGCCAUCUGCUGGGUACAUACUUCUCUUGUGUCUGCAAGAUAAAAUAUACUGGAUGUAUCAC